AUGAUGGCCAAUCAACAAGCCGACUCUCCUGAUCGGGGAAAGAACCCCGACAUUGACGUUGAAAGCGCUCUCCCAUAUUUUAAUAUUUCUCUACGAGAUGAGGCUGAGGAUUCCGAUAGCUCCUCAGAUGGGCUUUCCAAGCCAAUCAUCAAAGACAACGAAUCAGACUUGGGCGCAUGGAUCUGUGUCUUGGGCUCACUACUCUUUUUAAUUUUCUCCUCCGGUUUCAUGGGCUCCGUCGGCACAGUCCAAUCAUAUUUCAGCCUCAACCAACUAAAAGACCACUCCGUCAGUGAAAUCGGUUGGAUCACUGGUGUCUAUCUCUUCCUCUCCAUGAUCCCCAAUUUUCUCAUUGGUUCUCUGCUCGAUCGUUACGGCCCUCGAGUUUUAAGUGCAACCGGUGAAUGCAAGACAUACUGGCAAUUCAUGCUCUGUUUUGGAGACUUUGGCAGCAUUGGCACUGGUAUUGACUGCACUGUUGCCGUUGGAGUUGUUGGAAAGUUAUUUGUUCGACGACGGAGUUUGGCUAUCGGCACUGCAGUCAUGGGAGCUUCCUUUGGAUCUAUCCUCUUUCCACUUCAUCUUCGCUCAACCUUUGACAGUCUUGGUUGGGCUUGGUCCAUGAGAAUCGUGGCUAUGGUAGUUGGUUGCGUGACAACUAUGGGAGUCAUCUGUUUUCUACCUUUCAAACGACUUGUUUCCUCAGACAUAAACAAGCAGGACAAGACAUGGAAGAACCCAAGCUUUGCUUUUGUGUCUUGUGGCAUCUUCUUGAUGGAGUUUGUCAAUUUUGGCAUAGGCGGUCUGCUUCCGACUGUAUCAGCUGGUGCUGGUUGUACUGUCCAAGAUGGAUAUACCAUUCUUGCGAUCUUGGGCGGUUGCUGGUGCAUCAGCCGCUUUACAAUGGGUCUUUUAAGCGACCGCCUCGGCGGAAUCAACUCAAUGGUCGGCACGAUGGUCCUGAUCAUCGUUUUGAUGUCUACCAUUUUCAUCCCCUUCACCACCACAUCCGCUACCCUGCUAUACGUGUUCUCGGCACUUUGGGGUCUCUUCUCAGGGUCUUUCUAUGCGCUGUCGCCAGUCAGCGUGGGCAAGACAUAUGAACCAAGGGACUAUGCGAGAUAUUAUAGUUCUACAAAUUUUGGGGUAGGAUUAUCGCUACUGAUCGCUAACCCUGUGAGCGGUAUCAUGUUAGAGAAAGUAGGUGCGCAGCCUUUCGCGUGUUUCUACCUUGGCAUUGUCGUUCUUGCGGGUGUGUCAUUUGCGGUAGCUCGUGGACUACUUCUGAGACGCUUCACCACUUUGAGGGCAAGGAUUUAG